GUUUGCAUUUCACUGCGAAAACUUUAGAGUUGUAUUCGAUUGUUGUUAAAAAAUGGAUCAAAUAUUUUUUUCUACGAGAGGCUAAUAAAGCUCAAACAUGAACGUAUUAGAGAAAGCUGAAAAAGCUUUAGAAUAUCUUAAAGCAAACGAAGCUUCUGCGAAAGUUCAUGAGUUCCAAACGGCUGCUGGAACUCUGGGCAGAUGCCUGGGAGCUUUAGGAACUCGCUCGAAUUGCGCUCGGCAUUAUGCAAAUUUGUUGCACUCAGCAAUUCCAACUUUACUGUUUUUAGCCAGCCAUGACAGCGCUGAGGUGCGUUUGGUUGGCGAUGAAGCUCUCAAUAGAGCCGUAGUCGGAGGUUUCGCAUUCCAUUCACACAAAACUAAUAUUAUACUUCAAAAUCAGAUUGAUCACAAAAGGAAUGCCAGAUGGAUCCGUGCAGCUUUAUCUCGUAUUUGCCUUGGAGAAUGUUGGCUCCGUCCUGGUGUUGGCAAGAUUCGAAAUCAAGCCCAGUUCCUAUUUCCAAAAUUAAGUCAGAUAGUGAAAGAGACAAAUGAAAUUCAACUCAUUGUAGAAGCAUUAGAGAGUAACCUGCCUCGGCUCCUAAAUGCCUUGGGUGAAUAUACUUCAGAUGAAGAGAUUUCAGAACUGUCAAAAGCAAUUCUAUUGCACGUAGAAACAACUGAAGCAUCUGUGAGGAGAGGCAUAGCGACAUGCAUAGCGCACAUGUGCUCACACAGAGAAGCCUUGCUUACUAAUGUCCUACAGAAAGUGUUUGAAAAACUGUGGCCCAUCUCUCGCGAGAGUCCAGUGGUUUUGGGCUGGUUUAGCGUCAUCAAAGUCGUUUUUCAGAUAAACGAAUUCAAGAAAUUUGCUGAAAGCGAUCUUUUCAACGUGCAUGAUUACAUGGAGCUGUACAAUCUAUGCGUGAACUACGUAGAUCAGUCGACGGACCAUAACAUCCAGAACUGCGUGAUGGAAUGCCUUACCGUUAUACUGUCCAAAGCGGCCGGAGCGUACAGGGCGGCCGUGCUGGAGAAACACCCCGCUCGGGUUGUAUUGGAGGAGAGGAAUUUAAAUAAAGGACACAGGAGGAAUAUUAGUUCGUCGAGUGUCAUAUCUUCAAGGUACGCGCCGAGUCCGGCCUCCGAGCAGAGAGAUAAUCUAGAGCUUUCGUUUACUGGAGCUUUGCAACUUGGAAGUCUAUUGCAGUUGAACACGCCGAGCUUGAGCGUCGAAGAUCUGACCAUACAGACUCCGGAGUCGCCGGCGAGCGAGGGGGAGGCGCCGCCGCCCGACUCUGAGCUCCUCUCCAGAGACUUGUCGGAGAAACUUAAGGAGUUCGAAGAAACCGACAGCACCGAUACUGACCUGGAGAAAUGUUCCCACGACGCCGGGUUCAAGAUAAACAUAGGAUCUGUAGCCGAUGAUGAUGUCCCGCUAAAGUAUUGUGUGAGGUUGCUGGCUUCGAAGUUUUUGUUGGCUGGCAACAAAGGAGACCUCAUUCCUGAUCGGUCUGUGCGGGUCUCGUUGAAGGCGUCCGCGCUUAACUGCAUAUCGGAAGUAGUACAGGUGUACCCUCAAGCGAUGACCUUGUAUUUGGACAAAGAUGCUGACGCGAAAAUCCAUAAUAUUUCCGGGUCAUCAGAGGGCACAGACUCGAACCAAGAUAACAUUAAUGAGUACAUAUUAGAGAGAAACGUCUGUUACCAAGACUCCCUAACAGAUUCCUUAAGCCAAGAGCUGAAUAGGAGCAUCGAAGGUCACUCGAUUUGCAAAAAAGACAUAAAGUCCCUCGAAAAAAGCACAGAUAGCGGCGAGAAAAGCUCCAAGGACGCACCCAGCAUCGACAGUAAGCUCAAAACGGACUUAAUGGGAAGCGCCAUGACCGAUAGCACGAAUCCCAACAUGACCAUCAGUAACUUCACCACAAACUCCAACAUGACCACGAGCAACGACCAGACCAGCGGAUACCCCAUGUCCAGCAGCGGGGACGUACUGUCCUCGAGCAUCGAUUUGGACAUGAAAUUCGAUCAUUUCGGCGAAUCGACAACCAAUCUGGACAACCUCAAGGAUUUGGAACGCAAAACUGACAGGACGAAAAGAGCCUUGAAAAGGACCGAUGAAGUACAAAGCGCUGAUAUGGAGGGCUUGGUCGACAGCAAAGACGAGAAAGACUUUGAGUUUCAGCAUCUAUCCGAUAUUUUUCUGCUGCUGGAAGGUCACUGCGACCCGCAGAUCAGGGGUCUGGUCAGGGUCUGCAUUGGGAACUACUUGGCGGCCGCUCUGAAUGCCUCCCACGGCGACUAUAACAGAUGGAGAAACUUUACUUCGUUGCCUAAAGCCGUCGGAGACUGCAUGAGCGCUGGGGACCUGGUACAGAUCAUAUUGAAGGGUCUAAGGGACGAAAUACAUUCAACAGUGAACCACAGCCUGUCAGCGCUGACCGGCCUGGCCGUGGCCCUCUCGGCUAGCUCAGACUGGUCCCUGCUCGUAGACGCGCUGACCUCGUUAGUGCACGUGGAGACCAACACGUAUUGGCUGUGCAGGGUCAAUCUCUGUAAGCUCUACGAAAGGAUACCAUAUAAGAGAUUAUUUACGCUGUAUCCGAGUUAUCGCGCUAGAAGUCGAAUGAUAAUGAACACGUUGAUUGGUCUGCUCCGCGACCCGGAUCAGAAGGUCAGAAGUGCCGCAGCGCACGCCAUAGCGAACGUUAUACCAACGAUAUACCCGCGAAGGAGACACACGCCGGCCACAAUGGUAACUGAGUUAGCUAAGGAGUUAACGGACGAGGUGUCUUUGGAUAGAGCGACGCUGUCUUUGCAAAUAGUACGCGACAUAUACUUCUAUCACGACCUCCCUCGGCAAUUGACCGAAGGGAACAGAACGGACGGCGACACCCUCAAGAUUGUUGUCGGAGACUUAAUGGGUAGACUGAUGGCCAGCAGCUGUAAACAUUAUUCGCAAGGCUUACUGGAGGCGCUACAAGCGAUACUAAUCAAGUGGACUCCUUGGAAACACAUAGACGCCUACUCCGGUCAAGGGAUCCUGGGCUAUUGUCUAGAUAACCUGGACUAUUGCAACACGAACGUUUCUAUGAGGACCCUUCUUCUGGACCUGUGCCGUUUGAUUUAUCCAGUUGAAGUGCACAACAUAAUGCGCAAAAGGACUGCUAGUAGAGAUAUAUUUGAACGCGAUUCGACUAGUAAAGGGAAGUGGCAACACCUCGACGGCGACAGGGUUGCCAGCUUAGCAGAGAAAUUUCUCCAAGUAACAUUGAAAAUGCUGAAUGUAUUGGUUCAUCUGAUUGAGGAAGUUAAUCCCAAUGUACAUUUGAAUAAGGGCGGGAUUGCCCUUCCCGGGAGUCCGGUUCGAAGGAAAACUCAAGAUUCUAUUCAAACUCGGAAGAAUUCGACGGCGAGUGAAAGCUUAGAUGACAAAGCCUCUCUAAAACGAAAGCCUUUAAUGCCGGCAACGAGCUUGAGAGCGAACUUUGUGGGACACUUUUAUAACGAACCGUUCUAUAUGAAAUUGUACGAGGGCUUAAGAGCAGCUUAUUCGAAUCAUAAGAUAAAUCUCGACCCUAAAUCGAGCAUAUUCCACACGUUUCUAUCGACCACUCUGGACUGCCUCGCCGUGCAACUGGAACUGUCCACCGAGAAGGAGUUCGGCUCCGUCACAGAAGAGAUCCUGUACUACCUCAAGGCAAUAAUGCCCUUAUGCGCCGACAAUACGGUCUAUUGUGUGACGCAGCUGUUGAAAUGUUUAUUCGGGACGAACAUGGUGGCGCAGUACGACGAUUACAUGAGCAUCAGCGACAAGAAUGAGGGCAGCCGGCAGACCAGCUUCUGUGAGGACGUGUGGACUCGCGCAGACCACGGCUCCAGGAGGAGCAGCGUCGGCUCGAAUGCGAGUCAGAAGCUGUGUCUGGACAUCAAGAACCCCAGGAUGGCGGCGGAGAGGCAACUGCUGAUCGCGCUGGAGAAUUUCGCCAAGAACAAAUCUGAUAGGAAGUGGAGUACCAAUAAGGAGGAGCUGGAGAAAUAUAUUAAGUUAUUUGAACCGGUUGUCAUACAGUCUUUGAAGAGCUACACAAUGCAAAACGACAUUCCACUCCAGCGCCAAGUGCUAAGUCUGCUGAACCAACUGUUGACCCUGAGGGUGAACUACUGCAUGCUGGACAACGAUCUGAUCUUCAUAGGCUUCCUGAUGAAACAACUAGAUUUAUUCGAACAACAUGAAAUACCGAAUUGUUGCGAUUUGGUGAACAGCAUCCUCAUGUUUUUGGUGCAACUGUCGUCUUCCAAGCAUCACACGAAGAAGAUCAUUGAAAUACCGAAAUUAAUCCAGUUGUGCGAUGGUCUGAUGGCGUCGGGGGCCCACGCGGAGUGCAUCGCCGGUCUAGAACCCGUCGCUGUCAAAGUCUUCAGCAGUAUGGGAGGUAACGUGUUAGGCCGAGCUCAACAGCAAGAGGCGCAGGCGACCAGAGAAGUGCUCUUCUAUAUGCUGCAGAAGACCAUGCAUCAACAGAAGGUGCUAGAGCUAGUGUCGUGUAUACUGUCUCUGACGCAAGAACACCCGGAGAGCUACUAUCGAUACUCGGAGCUGGCCACCGACACGUUGCUCAACUUGUUGUCUCAGAGGUCUGUAGAGCUGGACUCAUGUCUAGCAGUGUCGGCGCUAGAGCGAUUGCUAGAGACGGUGUAUAAGGACGUUCUGCUAGAGCAGAGCCGGGUCGAGGUGCUACUGAAGAUUCUGUUUAAAGCACCACCAGAUCAGUCCACAACGCCACCGAAGCUGAAACUCCGCUAUCUAUCAAUAAUAAUGGUGCUACUAAGGAAGGUGCUGGUACUGAUACCGGAGAGCGAGAUAUUAUUAUCGAUCAACUACUUGAAGUCGACCUGCGUGUCGCCGCAGUCGAUCUUCUUUAACGCGAAAGCGGACGUGGACCCGCUCAACGUGCUCAACGUGAACGAGAACUGCGCGAAUCUGUCCCCUGACGUGGUGCUCGUAAGGUUCCUUUUCAAAACGUUGACUUACGCCGUUACGGAAGUGGAGAAGAAUUACGAGCCGAAUCCGAAGUACGAUACUGACGAGAACAGGUUGCUGUAUUCCGUGUGCGUCAAUAUCGUCGUGCAGGUCAAGCAGAUGUUGCAUUUGACUACGGGCUGCCUGUUCCCUCUGAUAUCGAAGACGGCGCAGAGUCUCCUGCACAACGAGCAGAGCGGCCUCAACACGGGCCUGUACAGUCCGGACGAGAACAUUCCGCUCGACACACUCAACAUGAUAUGCCUGCGAGCUGCCCACGCGCUGCCCCUGCUCACCGCGCACUGGUCCCAUUUGCUCAUCAGAUUGAACUUCCUGACGCACAAGUAUUGGCAGAAGCUGGUCGGCUUCGUCCGCAGCUUGCCGCUGUGCGCCGGCGGCGGGCUCGCGGCGCCGCUCAGGGUCGACGUGCUGCAGAUAGCCUGCGUCAUGGCUUACUGUGAAUAUUUCGUAGAAAACGGUCUUACCGAAGCGGUACAUCUGACCUGGCUACUGGUGAACAGAGUUCAUAUACUAGUCAGUCAGUUCUCUCAAACUCUGGUCCAGGGUCUCAUCUCCAGAGUUCAGCAGACGAGUGGAGCGUCCGGCUUGCUGCUGCAGGCCAUCGCCGCUAGAUGUCAGGGCUGUUUGAAGGACGAGUUCGCUCUGAACGUGUACAAGAUCCUGUCGUUUAGCCACGAGAGUCAGUCCGGGGCGCUGGUGUUCCUCAUAUGCCGGAUCAUCGGGAAACUGGAGCCCGCCAUCGCUGUCAAGUUCGCAAAACUGGCGAUAGAACGUUGUCGUGCGCUCAAAGACGUGCCGCCCGACAAUAUGAACGCGCAACUAUCGAAAGAGGACGUCCAAGUCGCGUUGGAGCUUUUGCAGCGGGACAAAGUUCACGUCAGGUACCCGGCGCUGGUGAUAGAAUUGAACUCCUUAGCGUCGAGCGUGUUCGACUUAUCGCCUCUCGACUUGUCGCAGGACCGAGCGAUCAACCCCCAGCACGUGCUGACCACCAAUGUCGAUUCCGGCUGGCUCUUGAACCAGAUUAAAAAUAGAUGCUGCAGGUCUGACUGUGUCCCACCGAAGCUGUCGAAGCACAACCACCUGGCGGAAAUACUCUCGAACCUCUCCCACGAAGACCUGAGCACCGUGAUGUCAUGCCCGGAAUUCGAAAGGAAAAUUCUAUGUUCCUCAUUUAAAGUGGCCAGCGACAGCUACUUGAGGGAGUUCCUCAACGUCUACGCGGAACACGAAAGGAAAGAGCUAGAGAAAGAUAAGGCAAGAGAACGAAUCGGCUUGAAGAAGGAUGAGGAGAUGACAUCAUCGAUCGACAGUAACAAACUAACAGUCGCGAACACGCUGCACGUGUUCAAGAAGAGCGACAACAAGGAAUCGAAAUCUCAAUUCUUCAUACCGAUAGCGGACAACGAGAAGGAGUUUGGGAAUUUGCAGCUUACUGACGACGAAAUAGAGUUGAGUUUGCCGGAGCUGCCGGUGAUGUACCGCGUCGCGUUAUCGACGUUCGACAGGUCCCUAAUUGAAGUUAUACGGCUGUUCCCGAAACAGAACCGGCCGCUGAGCCAGUCGGAGAACUUCGAUUUGAACGUUGAACAUACAGUGGACCGUUAUACGCGCCGAUGCCACCAAGUGUUCCAAGACAAGCUGUUUUACCACGAGUACGUGACGCUGCAGACGGUACUUACCGGCUAUCUGGACGCUGCGACAAGAAUAAUGAACGCCAUAGACGAGGCCGACUGUGAUCUAUUAGAAAAAUGCAUCGAGAACAUUCUGCCGCUGACAAUAGCCAAGAAUAUUUCGGUUUUUUGCGUCAUUUCCCUGCAGUACUUGUCGUUUUUAAUUAAGAACAAGAGUAUUGUCGAGUCGCCCGUGCACGCGGACGUCUCGUUUCGGGCCACGGACGCUGCGACCCGGCACGUGACAGUUGACAGCCUCGUCGCGGUGACAGUCGAGAAUGUGUCAAAAGCUUUAGCCGUCAGAGAGAUCUGGAUGGAGUUGAACGCCGAUAGCAACGCUAAUAGAACCCGAUCUGCGAUCAGCUGUUUAUACGCCGUCGUCAAGUACUUGGUCAAGGACACAAAACCUCUCCUCCUAAAACAUUACAUGCGAACUGAAGACUCCGGUCCAAAGCCGGAUAUACUUGUAACCGGCGAUAAGCUGGUCACCCUUGUCGAAUACUGGGAGGACAAUUUCUACGCCGGUCAUGGAUAUGUAAUGCCCAAAUGCUAUAAAAAACCGUUGGAGAGUAUGCUUGUCAGUUUGGCCAGAUUAGAUGUUGUGAGUAACGUGGCGCUUAUCCCACCGAUAGCCUGGUCGACAGUCGAGGUGGCCAUGAAAAAGGACCAACUGCAGAAGAUAGAGCUUCCGCUCCAAGCUCUACAAGAUCAGGAUGUUCUCGAAGCUUUUCUAUUCAGGGUCAAUCUGAUAGGCUGGUCGAACAAGAAGCAGUUCGAGGAGAUAUGGGUGGGGCUGCUGGGCGCGCUGCAGGGGAACGGGCCGCACUGCGCCGUGCGCGGCGUCACCCAGCUGCUGCUGAGCGCGCUGCCCCGCCGCGCCGCCGCCCCGCUGCACGUGCCCCGCGCGCACCCCCCCGCACCUUCCGGCGGAAUGCAACAGUUGAGGAACAUUCUAGUCGGGACUUCGCACUACAGUUUAUUCGACGAUAUCAAUUUGGAGAGGGUCGCCCUCCUCGAUGACGGCUUCGACGGCUACCAUUACGCACAGUUCAGCACGGCCUACCUGAAAAUGGCUUCAGAUAUCACUGACGACGCUCCGUUCAAAGUGCGGAAGGAGGUUCGGCGCGCGAGGAAGUGUAAGGAGGUCGACGUUAACAGCUGCCUCCAGAUACUCAUGGACGUGACGUCACAGAUGCUGGAGCCGAAGGCUGGGACGGGUCUGGCGGCCCGCGUGGCGCUGCUGUCGUGCGUGAUACACACGAGCGGCGCGUUCAGCCAGCCGGGCCAGUGGUGCUGGGCGGCGUCGCAGCUCAUCGCGCUCACGGGCCCGCAGCACGCGCGCCUCACGCAGUACAGCGCCGCCGGCCGCCCGCUGCUCACCGCGCUCUCCGCCUGCCUGUGCGUGCUCGACGGGUUCGACGGGCUGCAGGAACUGUCGACGGUUCACCAGAAGCUGGUCAAGUCUCUAUCGUCGUCGCACGCGCCGCUCCGGCAGGCGGCGCUGCAGGGCUGCCUCCUCCAAUUGUCGCAGCGCCCGCCCGCGCCCUGCCACGACCUCGUCGCGCAGCUCGACGUCGCCGUCAGACAAUACCUGCCCAGGAACAACAGGAUAUCUGUUUACGAGCAGAGCUUGUACUGGACCGUCCUGUUCGCGCUGGUCGAACUCGGACACCCCGAUCUUAUAAACAUCGCCGUGGACUUCGUGCUCACCGACCCCACCCACUACUGUACCGAGCUAGUCGUCAGGGGCAUCGCGAGCGCGCUGAGGAAUCAAGUCCUCCCCAAGCAGCUCCAGAGCGCCACCGUGGAUAAGUUCUUGGGCAACACCGACAGCCGCGCGGAACGACACGUCGUUCUGAUAUUGAUGCUGCAUCUGUUUACUGUAGACGACAAGCUGUUGAACUCGAAGAACGCGACCGACGUGUCCAACAUGGAUCCCGACGUGCUGAUGACGUCAAUGGAACGCAUAACGCUGCUCUACAAAACACUCAGGCAGACUAAAGAAACGGAGAGCAAGAGGAUAAUUGUAGCGGCUCUCAAAUAUUUCCUGAGAGAGACUCUACCGCCGGCCGCCACGUUGAGUAGAGUCGUCCUAGAGUUUUUGGACUGGUGUAGAGACGCGGAAAGGUUAACCGCCGGCACUUUAUCGGACAGAGAUAGAUUUAUCGAGUGCUCGGUCAUGAAUGCUGAAGUUGUUUUUGAGGUGUUCGAAGCGUCGAUAGCGCUGGAACAGCUGCCCGUGCUGAGCGGCUGGACGUUCGAAGCGCUGGGACAUCUGCUGAGCGACAAGCUGUCGGCGGGCGUGACGCCGCACGCGCUACUAGCGCUGCUAGUGGCGGCCAGCGCCUCCCCCCUCACCCGCGCCGCCGCCCCGCUCACCCGCGCCGCCCUGCACGCCGGCCUGCGGGCGCGCACGCACCCCGCGCCCCCCCCCGACCUGCCCUACGCAGACAAGCGGCUGCUGUGCGUCGUCGCCACGCACUCUGACUACACCGCCGCACAACUAGAGAAACUAAAGGAGCUGUGCGAGCGAAACGAACGCCUGCAAGAUUUAACGGCAUGUUUGAAUUUGAAAUUGUCAAUGCAGUCGUAACUAUAAUUGAGACCGCAGAACUUAUAUUUCAAGAUGGGGGGGCGCGUUUGCGUUGUAGAUGCUGUAUGCGCUGCUGAAUGUGGCGUACACAACUCGAGAUUUAGAUAGGAAGAAAUCAUUGAUUAGCUAUAAAAUAUGAGUUUAUUAUCAAGUAACUAAUUCUAUUGUACUGUAGGCGCGCAAGUUCAUGUCCAUCCUGAGGAAUGCGGUAGUACUGUCACCUAGUUAAUUAUGGUAAUGUCGAUAAUAACUACCGAUUUAGUCAACA